UUAUUUCAUAUUGUUCAUAUAUUUUAGGCUGCUCUUGAUUGUUCUAUUCUUUACGCUUCACAUAGAUUAGUAUUUGGAGACCCUUUGCUUAGCAAACAAGCAAUACAGAUGAAAUUGGCUGAUAUGGAAACAAGAUUAGAAGCUGCUCGUUUGCUAACAUGGAAAGCUGCCAUGUUGAAAGAUGCUGGACAAAAAUUCCCAAAGGAAGCUGCAAUGGCUAAACUUGCAGCUUCUGAGACUGCAACAUUUGUGUCACAUCAGGCUAUUCAAAUGUUAGGUGGUAUGGGCUGUGUAACUGACAUGCCUGCUGAAAGGCAUUACAGAGAUGCAAGACUAACAGAAAUUUAUGAAGGUACAAGUGAAAUUCAAAGGAUUGUUAUUGCAGGGAAUCUUACUAAAGAAUAUAGGCUCAACUAAUACUUUCCAAAUCAUAGAAAUGUAUUAAUUGAAAUUAAUAUUGUUCUAAAUGUGCCUAAAUUUUUAUUGUUUUAAACAAAACUGAUAUACCCAAUUGUCUUUAUAGAUUUGACUAAA